GUGCUGGUCCGAGUUCAAGAUUAGCCGUGUUCCCCGUGCUGUUAAUUGUCUUGGCUAUCGAAACCAUAACUUAUUAUAUAAGUACUUUAUAGACACGGGUAGAGAAGGUCUCUGCCUGGAAGAAUUUACAGCCUAAUGAGGGUUGAAGUUGUGUGCAGUGGAGCUAAAAGGUCAUCCCGUCAUUUUAAAAAGUGUUGGUUGUUUUUUUUUGUUUGGGGUGGGUUUUUUGUUUUUUUUUUUAAGGAAAUGUUUUAUUUCUGAAUGUUUCUGCUGGUCCUGGUUGGAAAUUGCAGUAUGUGGGCACUUCUGGAGGCUGAUCAGGAAGAGACGGGCUGGCUUAAUUCUGAUGGUGUGCUGGAGAUGUUGUAUUUAAACAACUUUUAAAAGGGGAAGGAAAAAAAAAAAGAGAGAGAGACAGAGGGAAACUGAGCAGUUUAUUAGAGAGGAGCCAUUCUUGUUUAAUAUUCAUUCUGGCCCCUGUUUAGGCUUGUUCUGGUGAAAGAGGGAGUGAAGAGGCGCAACCCAAACAUGGGUGAGAUGGUGGGAUUUUUCCACCAAGCCUUAAUUGCGUUAGUAACUCAGGGGAGGGUUUUGCAAGGCAUGAGCUCUUAAUAAAUUUGGUGGUGAAUGAAAGUAGUUCUUCAUUUUCUGCUGAUCUGCAAGUCUUUAUUUUUUGCUCUUUAUUUUUUGCUCAUAUAUGCAUCUUGUCGCUUUGUGGUAGCGGGUCCGAUGAUGAUCUUUAGCUGUAUUGUGGGCUUAAUAAGAAGCUCUGCUUUGCAGAGGUGCUGGGCCAGCCGCGGCUGGGUGGAAUUAAUUUGGCAUGGUGAAUGCGGUGGGUUUGCUUUGUGUUUUGUGACUUUUAAAGCAGAAUUGAAAAUUACAGUUGUUUUCCCGGCGUGAGAAUCUGGAUGUCGGCAUGGGACGCAAAUCAGGGAAGAAAUUUAUGCUUAUAUCGAGGUGCUGUGAUGGUUUGGUUGCACUGCCUGUCUUACUCGAGACCUCGUUUGGCAGAUAAAGUGCUACCUGAGUGCUGGGUUUUAACUCUGUAGAAUCGAAUCCCCUGCAGGUGUCCAACCUAAAAACUGGGGGGGGGGGGGCUGUGAAAUUCCUGGUCUGCACUUGAGACAGAGCCUAAAUGCUUGAGAACUGUGGCUUAAUCUUGAUUAAAACUGACACUUCAGGAUUUUUUUCCCAGUCUCAGGAUGCUGCGUUUAUUGAAAGAGAAGACUUCUGUGGCAAACAAUUAAAAUCCUACUGGUUAUCUUGCAUAGUCAAAGCAAUAAAUAGUUGCUCUUAACUAUGCUCUCAACCAGCCUUAACCUCAAAUUUGAAGAGACUGGUUUCAAUCUGUAAUUAAAAGCCUUUUGACGAGCAAAACUCGGGGAAAGGGAGAAAGACAGUGAGUCCCUAGGAUGAAGAGAAGCAUUUGCACCCAAUCCCAUGACUCUUUGAUCCAAACCGGCGCAUGUUUGUGUUCCCGAUUGGCGUUAGCCGUGUGUCUGUCCCGAUACCUGUGCCUGGAGCAUCCCGCUGGUCCUGGAGGAGCUCUGGUAGGACGUCAGAGCGGGAGUAAACGAGGUCAGACAGGCGUCGGGAUCCUCCGCGAGUAUCCAGGGACAAUUGUUUCUCGCCCAGCUCCCUGGCCGUAUCGUCUUCCCUCCGUGCAUAGUUUCAGUUUCCCUGCCUCCCCGGUGUCAUUGCUGGCUCCUGUAGCAGAGUCCAGACAUGACUUCCACAGUGCAAACGGUGCAAAAGUCGUUCUGUGCCUCGAAUCGCGGUGGGGCUCCUUCCCCAACCCCGGAGACCCAGCCGUCUGAGGGACUUGUAAAUCUUCCUGCGAGAUCUCGGGCAGCAGCUCCUGGCUGCAGGUGGAAGGAAACUAUAGGGAUCAGCGUCCUCUCUUAAUGUGACAAGGUGCGAGAAACUGGAAACUGGUGCGAGCUGCCCCGUGGCUGCAGGUGGGAGCCAAGGCCACGUCGGUGAGAUGAGCCGCAGAUCCCCUGGCAAUCAGCGGCUUUCCGACGCCGUUGCUUCGCCGACCCCUUAAAAAAUGCGUACAGCCGGACUGUCAGGAGCGCAGUCUCCCUGACGACAGCCUUGCUGUCUCGAACACUUUUUGCCGAUCUCCUCCAAGCUGUGCAUGGAUCCGUGUGCCCUUCUGGGGUGCCAGGGUCCGGGCAGAAACACACGGCGCAGGCGCUUGCUGGGUGAUUUCUUUGCCUGUGAAGGGUCAGCACUUUCGGGACCCUUUUCCUCCCGCUUUCCACCCCUGUGGUUCCGUAAUGCCCAUCUGAAACUGCGUGAAAUCCUCUCCCUGUUGCGGGAAGGACUGCUGCUCUGCUUUUUUUUAAGAGCAGGGGAUGCUCCCAAGCGUCCCAGCGCUGUUUUAACUCCCUCUUGCCUGCUCUUAAACUGCAGUUGUGUGCCCUGUUUCCUUCCUGGUUCGUGCACCUACUUAUUUCCCACCGGCAAACUGGAAACCAGUAAGUAGAUUUUUUCUUUUUUUUUUCUUUUCUUUUUUUUUUUUUUUUUGUUUGCUUGAGUGCCUACCCGACACGGAGCUGGGCAAGCAUCGAAGGUAGGCUUGUAGCUACAGGUUGCUGCUCUCUAGUUACUCGGAGCCUCUUGCCCCAACAGGCAGAGUACAUGCGGGUACCGGUUCAGCGUUCCCUCCCUUCAUCCCCGUGCUGCCCAGUCGUGCGCCGAGGAGGGAAGGAAAAGAGCUUCAUGGCAGGACAGCAUUGCCGGGGAUGAAGCGCGUGGCAUGCUUGCUCUCAGGAUUCGCUUUUGCACGUCGCGUGGAGUCAAGAACGGCGAGACGAGCUGUCUGUUUAUCCACAAACUAGGAACUACAUAAGGGACUGCCCUGCCCGCCUUUUGCAUCGAAGAUGGCGGGUGGCGUGGACGGCCCCAUAGGGAUCCCGUUCCCUGAUCACAGCAGCGACAUCCUCAGCAGUCUGAAUGAGCAGAGAAACAACGGGCUGUUGUGCGACGUGAUCAUCUUGGUGGAAGGCCAGGAGUUCCCCACCCACCGCUCCGUCCUGGCGGCGUGCAGCCAGUACUUCAAGAAGCUCUUCACCUCAGGGUUAGUGGUGGACCAGCAAAACGUGUAUGAGAUAGACUUUGUGAGUGCGGACGCCUUGUCGGCUCUGCUGGAGUUCGCUUACACCGCGACCCUUACUGUCAGCACUUCAAAUGUCAAUGACAUCCUCAAUGCCGCCACACUGCUGGAGAUCCCGGCGGUAAGGGAUGUUUGCACGGAUCUCCUGGACAGGAAGAUUCUGGCCAAAAAUGACCAGAUGGAUACAGUAGAUCAAAUUGAUCAAAGGAACCAUCUCAGAGCAAAAGAGUACCUGGAGUUCUUCCAGAGCAACCCCGUCAAUGGCCACCAAGGCAGCUUUCCGUGGACCAACCCAGAGUUGAGAGACCUUCAGAGACUGAACUUCCGAGGCCAAGAGGAGGAGGAGGAGCCGGACUGCAAUGGCAUAGAAUUCUACUCGCAAGCCCCCCUAAACGAAAGACCAAAGCCGAAUGACUGUGAUCCUGACAGCAAUUCAGCCAUGUGGCUGGACAGAGAGGAGGAGGAGGCGGCUCCUGGCUCCUUGUUUUCACCUUCUCAGAAUGGACAUUACAGCGGCCGUGGCCUGCCCACACCGGGAGAAGAGGAGGGGACCCCGGGGGGGCCUCUGGACCAGCAGGAAGCCGGUGACUCCCCCAGCUUCGUUCCUGCUGGAGCGGAGACGGAGGAUGAUGUGAGGGAGGUGGAUGGCUUGGCUGCUAGCGCCCUGCUGCAGCAAAUGAUGAGUUCCGUGGGGAGACAGCAGCUCGGGGAGGAUGACCGAAAGGAUGACGAUGGGGUCAUGGAUUAUUACUUGAAAUAUUUCGGCAGUUCGAACGAGGGCGACGUCUAUCCGUCCUGGUCCCAGAAGGUGGAGAAGAAGAUCAGGGCAAAAGCAUUCCAAAAGUGCCCCAUCUGCGAGAAGGUGAUCCAGGGGGCUGGCAAGCUGCCGCGCCACAUCCGCACCCACACCGGGGAGAAGCCCUACGAGUGCAACAUCUGCAAAGUCCGAUUCACCAGGCAGGACAAGCUGAAGGUUCACAUGAGGAAACACACCGGGGAGAAGCCGUACUUGUGCCAGCAAUGCGGCGCCGCUUUCGCUCACAACUACGACUUGAAGAACCACAUGCGCGUCCACACCGGCCUGCGGCCCUACCAGUGCGACAGCUGCUUCAAGACUUUCGUCCGCUCCGACCACUUGCACAGGCACCUUAAAAAAGAUGGAUGCAACGGUAUUCCAUCCAGGAGGGGCCGUAAACCCCGGGUGAGAGAUGCCGGGGGUCUGCCUACCACCCCUACGGGGAACCCCGAAGAUGGAAGUUUUCAAGCCGGUGGGGAGAGUCAAGAAUCAGAGGACACCCUGCAGAGGAACGGCCAGGAGCAGCAGCACUUUGAGGAUAAUUCAAAUAAUGAAGCAUCAGGAUUGAAUGUAGCAGGAGGGUCGUCUGAGGGUAACACGCAAGGACUCUCCUAAACCAAAAAAACAAAGUGUCACAAAAUCUAGUUAGUACUUUUCCUCCGAUUUUUCUCUUUAAAGAUGUUUCUCUCCCUUUUUUUUAAAAAAAAAACAGAAAAAAAUAUAUAUAUAUAUUAUGUUUCCAAUCUUCCCAUCGUAAGCAGGGCUCCCCCGAGGAUCCCUCAGUAGCCAAGGACCUUUUCUUGGAAAGGCAGAUGCUAGGAAGCACAGGGUGGGGAUGGAAAGUGGCUCUGUCACAUGGAAAAGAGCUUCCAUGUAAAUCCAAAGCUUUAUUUUGUGUCCAAACACACGUUAAAAAAAAAAAAAAAACAAACCUAUUUCAGAGAGAGAUCUAUUUAAGAAAAAAAAAAGCAAAAAUAGAAAAAAAAAAGUGGUAGGAGUGGAAGGGCUCUUUCAGGGCGGGCGGUACACGGUGCCUCGGAGGGCCGGGGGGAGCGGGGCCAGCCUUCCCCCCUCCGCUUUUUGGGAAGUUAAAGCUCCAGUGGCGCAAGAUGUUUGGUCGUUGCUGCGUCCCGAGGUGGAGAUGGCUCCUUCCAGGGAGAUCGGGGUCGGUUUUUUGGGGUAAGGGGGCGUGGGUCCUUCCCACCAGCCCCGGCGCGAAGCCGAAUUUGCCAGAGAGGGGAGCCGACGGCAGCGGCUCGGUGUAGAAAAUUGCCGAAAAUUGCCUAAUCGUGUGAGUGGACAACCAAGAUUUUGCAGGGUCGCUGUCGGCAGCGGGUGUCGGACACCCCGGAUUGGGGACACCCCGGGUUGGGGACACCCGGGACCGGGGGACACCGGCUCAGCCGGAGCCACGCCGGUGCCACCGCCAACGGGUAACGCCGGGCGAGGGUGCGUCCGUCCCCGCGUGCGUCCCUAUCCCGGGGUGUCCGGCUCAUCCCGGGAAGGGGCUGAGACGGAUCCGGCACAGCACAGAUCCCACCGACCCCUUCCCAGCACCCGCUGCCCAGGCAGAAUUUGGGGCUGGGGGGAGAAAACCCUCCCCCCUAGGCUAUUUUAGGCACUGGGUCAGCGCAGCAGUGUUCCCAUAUGCCCCGAAAGCGCCUAAAAAUGGCAAAUUCCUUUUAAAAAAGGUUAUUUGAGGUCUCCCUUAAAGGGGCAGGAGGCCUUUGGGCGGGGGGGGGCGGCACGAACUGCAGCGGCCCCAGCUCCCCGCAGCCCCCGUUCCCUAUAUAUAUAUAUAUGUAUGUGUAUAUAUAUAUAUAUAUAUAUAUGCGCUAUAUGGCUCUAGAGGCGGGUAUAUAACCCUCGGGGUUAGCAGAGGACGAUAAGAAAAGGCACCUUUCAGCUGGUCACCUGUUUUCUAAAUGCACAUUUUUAAAUGAAAAAGAGAUUUUAAGCCCUUUAUUUUGAAAGCACUUUUUAGAUUCUCUUCCUUUUUUUUUUUUUUUUGGUCUUUUUUUUGGUUUUUUUUUUUUUCCUUUUGGUGUUUUGUUUUUACUUUCAAAGCAAGAGCAGGUUUGGCCGAAUGUAUUUUGGAGAGGGAGUGAGAGGGGAGUGUGUGCUGGGGGGGGAGGGCUGAGUGGUGGGGGUGGGGGAGAGAUGGAUGUUUAUUUAAUGCAGAAAAAGCAAUAAAAAAUAAAAAAAAAACCAUGAUAAAAAAAUAAAAAAAAAAAACAAACAAAGAAGUCUUAGCACUUUGCGAUGGAACGGGUACUUUGAGAUCACUUUAUCUUAAUUUAAAAAGCAAAAGCAAAACAUGUUUACAAGUCAAAACCAACUUCUACGGAGAAAAAAUAUUAUUAAAAAAAAAAAUCCUAAAUUUAUUUUUGUAAGAAAAAUGUGUAUAUAUAUAUAUAUAUUUAAAAAAAAAAAUCAUAGGCAGAAUCCAAGUUCUAUUUCAUGGAGUAAUAAAAGCCGCAAGGUGUCCGAUGGGAGGAACGAUGCUAAUUAGGUUCUGUGACAUGCCCUGACACCAGACCCUCCGAAGUCGUUUGCACUUCGUGAAUAAAAAAAAAAACAAAAAAACAAAAAAAAAA